AUGGGUAAAUAUGAUUACAAAAGAAGAUUGUUGAAGAUUUAAUUUUAAAAUCUCACCAUUCUAAUAAUCAAAAUAACAAAUCAAUUUUGCUACAACUAAAUUAAAGAAUAAGACUGCAUCAGCCUUAGCAGUACCAGAUUUCAAGUCUUCUGCAUUAUUUUGUUCUAAUAAAAAGCAUCAAGAACUUUGUGA